GAAAAUCUCAUUGCUCACUGAUUUAAAAGUUUUUACUUUUAAUUCGACUGUAAAAUUUCUUUCAUUUUGACGUUCUCGUGUAACCGUGUACGCCUAAGUCGCAAAUGUAAACAAACACUUUGGUGGGUCCGGUGGUGCUGGUGAGUCUAGGACGUAAAGCAAAGCCGACCGCGGCAGCAGCCAGGACUCGGACGCGGAAACCUUCGUGAGCCAAACAGCAGCAGCGGAACGCCUUCGAAGGAGGGUGGUGCAGGAGCGGGACGAGGUCGAGUGCUCGAAAAGGACAAGGCCGGCUUCCUGCAGGAACUGCAGCUGUUCCACGGCCGGAAUGCGUAAGAAGGAAGCUUGGGAUGAGAGGUAGGAAUGUGGAUUCGCACCGGUUGUAUUGGGUGGUGGUGGCCCGGGAUUGGUGGUUGAAGGUCAAUUCGCGUGAGGACUGGGGCGAGAUCAUCGAGGAGAUGGCGCUGCCAAGCGUUGCAUGAACAACGAGAUUGCGUUGAAGAAGAUUAACUUCCGGUUUUUGGACAAGUACGCGAAAGUUUAUUUUCACGAUGGGCCUCCGACGAAGAGGAGGACGACGAAAAGCUACAUAAUCGGAAGUGGUCAGCGCAGAUGUUGCACUCGGUGCCGGCGGUUUACAGCACCGCAACUUCCCGCCCACAAACACUCACGUCUCGACGGCGCAGCUUCAGCCGAAUGAAUCUGGACAGUGAGCCAAAAAAAAUCUGUGUCAUUCUCGAAGCUGCUCAAAAUCGAACUCCGUUCCGAGGGCCUCAUCAACUCUAUGUUCCGGAUGCGCUUCCAGGAUCGGGAACUCCCCGUUCAGGCACUUUACUUUCCAGCCGGGAAACGUCGACCACCCUUCCCGAAUCAAUGGCCAACUCCUCCAAGACUGUCCUGAUUGAGGCCGGAAACGUGACCAUCGUGUUACACUGCUGUCGCGCGUCGAAGCCUCCAUCCGGAACCGUCCAGCCUGGGGUAUUCGGAAGUGACCGGUGGCGUACCGUAUGAAGCAGAAGCUAGAGGAGAAUCGUUAAAUACAAAAAAAGUGUUUUUCUAACAUACUGUUUAAUUUUUUUUUAAAUAAAUGUAAAAAACCAAGCACAUUUUUCUGAAAUUAUCCCUGUAGUGCUAAAUGUUGUGUAUUCUUGCCAUAAAAGGUUUCUUUUCCAAUUAAAAGUAAAAUAUUUUUACCAAUACAACGAUUUUGUUCCAUAAA